AUGGCCCAAGUCGCCUCACAACACCAACCCCACAGCUCACGCGCUUCGCCUGCCUCUGUCCACGAACACCGCGAUGAUGCUCCCUUACCCGCCGCCCCACCGCCGCCUCCGAACAAUGCCUCUGCAAACAAGAAGACCAAGCCCAAGAAAGGUGCCGCCGAUACAAAUGACGCACACAAACAGCUCCAGGCCAAGAUUGCUCAGCUAGAACAAGAUGCUACCGGCAGGGCCGAAGAGGAUGCCGAGAUUGAUCGGGAAGUCAAAAAGGCCAACCGCGAUCUUCAAAAUCUCCUUCAGUCCAUGGAUGGUCCGAUAUCCAAGAUCGAAACGGUUCAACGAAAAUACUCAGAACUCCUGGCUGAAAUGAAGAGAACCGAACGAGAGCACAUCAAGGCAAAAAAGCGAGGCGACCAACUACAAAAAGACAAGGACACCCAGCGAUCAGAGCUCACAAAGGCAAACUCUAUGAAGGAGAAGCUGGAGAAGCUCAGUCGCGAGCUGACCAAGGAAAACAAGAAACUCAAGGAGGAUCUCCGCGAACUCAAAGAAAGUGCAGCAGACAAGAACGAAGAGCUUCAUCGUCGGCUAGAACGAAUGGUGGACGAUGUUGAGCAAGUUAUAAGCGAUCGCAAACUUCCGGAUCGACCCACCGGCGAGAUGGAGGAAGACAAGCUCUUCCGAGAAAAGUUCAAAUCCUUUGUCGAACAGUACGAAAUGCGUGAAAUCCAGUUCCACUCACUCCUCCGCAGCAAGGAGCUUGAAAUCCAGUUCCAUCUCGCCCAACAAGAACGACUCCGCAAGCAACAGGAUGCAGAAUUGAACAAGUCGCACCAGUUGACCCGUCAGGUAUCUACCUUUUCCCAAACAGAGAACGAACUGCGCAGUCAGCUGAAUAUUUAUGUGGAGAAGUUUAAGCAGGUCGAAGACACCCUUAACAACAGCAAUGAUCUGUUCCUUACCUUCCGCAAAGAGAUGGAAGAGAUGAGCAAAAAGUCCAAGCGCUUGGAGAAGGAGAACAUGCAGUUGACACGCAAGCAAGAGGCCACCAACAAGAACAUCUUCCAAAUGGCCGAGGAACGCACUCAUUCACAGCAAACCAUUGAUCGCUUACACAAGGAGAACGAGAAGCUGAAGAAGCUCUGUCGCGCCAUGCAGACCAACGGCUACGGACGCGCAGAUAUGGUCAACGCCGCCCCUGGAGCACCAAACCCGGCCCACCACCCGGACGAAGAAGACGAGGAAGACGACCUGGCCGAGACAGACUCCGAGUACGACGAAUACGACGAGGAUGAGGAGGGCAGUGUCGAGGCCGAGUACGAUGAUGAUACCGAGGACGAAGCUGUGGACCAACGACCUCGCACAUACGGCCCAGUGCCACCACCUCCUCCGCCACCGCCCACAGGCGACUUGGCCCAUGGUGCAAAUGGCAAGGCACGACAACCUCCACAGCCUGUGAAUGGUGUGAAGCAUUAA